AUGAAUGCCUGGCCCCUUGACGCCUCGAACCUCCCAAACCAUGAAAAUGGUGCUUUCCAUCAGGCGACCAUUGACCCUUCUGCCGCUUUUCUCCACGCCUCUCCUACUCCCGAUCCAAACCAGUUCCAGCGCAUGUUCAACAAUGGCGUACCGAGGAAUGCGUCUCCUGGAUUCGCCAACCCCAACCAGGUAAUUCCAUCUAAGCGGCCACGCCCGGAAGAUGGCAUGUCAAUGUCGCCUAGACAAGCUCCUGGAGGACUUGCUUCCCGGUCACAGACGCCUCACCAGGUCCCUUUCCCCGGGUACCAAGGACCAGUAAAUGGAGCACCUCAAUUCCCCCACCCCGGACAGUACCAGCACCUUCAACAAGGCGCCUCUACAAAUGUAUCUCAGUCCCCGAUUAUGCAAGAUUUCGAUCAGCAUGGCGCGCAACGGCUGGGCACUGCUUCUCCAAGCCCUUUCUCUCCCGCAGGACCACAUGUCGGAUCCCAGAUGUCCCCAUCGCAAUCCGAUCACCCAAGCAGAGUGAAUACACCCCAAAAUAACACCUUUAUGCCCGGUCAGCACUUCCCUCAAGGAAUGGGGCCCCAGUUCACACCUACACCUGCAAUGACAUCUGCCACCGUCCAAGCCCCCAUGCAAGCGCAAUUUGGUGGCAUGCCACAAGGAUACCCGCAAGCUCUCGCCGCGCAGCAGCAGCAACAGCGAAUGCAUGCCAUGCAGAUGCAGAACCCAAAUCGCGCGAUGAGCGUGAACCCGGCAAUGGGUGGCCGCCCGAUGGUAGCAGGGAUGAACUCUAUUGCGAACCCUCAGCAAAUGGCCGCCAUAAGACAGAUGCAGCAAAAUAUGCAGAAGCCUCCCAACCCCGAAGGAUUCAUGCGCUCUUUGCAGAAGUUCAUGAUGUCAAGGAACCUACCUCUUGAUCCUAACCCUGUUGUUUCGGGCCGUCCAGUCAACCUCGUGCAGCUCUACGCGACAGUCAUGAAACUGGGAGGAUCGAAGAAGAUUACGGCCGCAAAUAUGUGGCCAGUAAUAGCUCAACAGCUCCAGUUUCCUCCGAUGCAAUUCCCAAUGGCUGUCCAGGAGAUUCGAGAUCACUAUCAACGGAACCUCGGUGCCUAUGAGCAGGCUUUUCUCAGUACUCAGCAAAAACAGUUUGCGGACCAAGCUCAGCAGCCUUCAAUAUCGCGACAGCCUAGUGAUCCAUCUGCUAUGCAGUUUCCCUCGCCAGCGGUCAAACAAGGCUUCGAGACUCCUCAACAACUUGGACAAGCCUCCCCCAUAAGUGCGUCGACACCAAAUAAUGUGCCACAAAAUGUCGCAAAUGGUUUCGCAACGCCGACACCAGUCAAAUCGCAACAUAAACAACAGCAAAGCCAACAUCGUCUUAGCGUCUCACGGCAGUCCCAGCCACCCGCCACACCACAUGACCUCAACGGCCAAUUAUCCACCCAAUCUCCCAUCCCAUCUGAGAAAGGACCAGGGUCUGUAGUCGGCAAGCCCUCUGAUGAGGUUGAUCAGUCCUUCAACCAGCCUCUCGGACGGCCGAUAGGAGAUACGUUCAAGCCAAUGGUACUCACAGAUCAUAAGCUUCACGGGCCUAUUUCAGUGAGUGAGAUGUACCAGCUUGGUGAGGAUCUUUCAAGGUUAAAACCGAACGUGCCAUCUUUUGCCGAGCUCGGUGUAAUUGACAUCCAUGCGUUGACGAUGAGCAUAAAGUCUGGAAUUCAUGCUGAGAUGCGCAUGGCCUUAGACACUCUUGUUUCGAUGUCUUCCGAACCCGCAGUCCAAAUAUCAUUGGAUAACUGUGAGGAUUUAGUUGAGAGUCUGAUAGAGUGUGCCGAAGAACAGGCCGAGUUUCUUGCAGAGUACGCACCGGAGGUUUCCGAUAUGAUGCUUCUGCCAUCUUACGAAGAGAUCAAGCGCGGCUGCCAGUCCGAGUGGACAUCUUUGACCACAGUUUCCGAGUUCGGAAGCACCGAGUACGAGCUCGAUCGGGCUGUCGACAGGCUCAUCUGUAUUACCACGAUUAUGCGCAACUUCUCAUUUCUCGAGCAGAAUUUUGAUAUUCUAUCGACGCCUCCUAUUGUUGAAUUCAUCUCAACAAUCAUCCGUUAUCUCGGCACGAGAAACAUGCUCCUCCGAACACAUCAGAAUACGCUGGAUUUCAUGAAGGAUACUGUUACGUAUCUAAGUAACGUGGCCCAUGCCAUCCAUCUACCAAGCAAGGAGGAGGCUCUCUGCCUUCUGCACUUCCUUCUGUCAUUUGCUCCCUUCCCGGGGCCUGCUAUUGCAUCGGACAACGUCAUGUUCACAGCCUAUAACCCUUCCGUUCACAAGUAUACUCCCGCUGCUGUUGAUAGUUUAGCGAAGCUACUUGCACGGGAUGAACCGAACCGGACCUUCUUCCGGUCAAUAUUUUCCGGGGAUGGUGUCUCCACUGCCCAACAGGAGCUUCUUACCCGUGCUUUUGGUCUUGCCAUUUGCCCCAUUCCCGAUCAACCACGGAAGCCCCUGGCGAUAGCGGAUAUUCGCAAAGUUUUCCUCAUGCAGGGACUUUUGGCUGCGGACAUUCUGUCAGGAUUCGCCGAAGGGACAACAGCCAAGGCGUGGCUUGAGUCUGUCGAUGGUUUCGCCAUACAUCUCCUCCGCCUUUCCUGCCUGCUUAGCACAGAACGUGUACCUCCACCACCUCAAAACACCCGCCAAACUCAUGCUGCGAGAGCACAGGCUGAAGCUGAGGCGGAGGCUUACGGUUCCAUCAUCAACCGAGGCUUGGCGAUUCUUCGACGCCUGGCUGAGAAGUCGAAGUAUGCCGAUACCGACUCAACCAUGCGGUUUCCUUCUGGAAUCCUUCCCAAAAAGGAAAGCCUACUUGGUGCACUGCUGAUGCAAAACGUCGACCCAGGUGUCGUCCGGCAAUUGAUAACGUAUGCACGGCUGGCAGAGUGA